AUGAUUCCACCGACCCCGACCUCUCCCACGCUCCCUCUACCCUCGCCGCAAUCUCCUCGUUCAACGACCGUCGAGCCUGGCUCCGCAACACUGUCACCGUCGCGGGUGACAUUCUUCUCCUCUCAGCAAGCCGAUACUAGUACUGUGCCGGGCCACUUCGUCUUUCCGCAAGCCAUGGCAAGCAGCCCGAGCUGGGCCCCAGCCAACCACUCAGUAUGCCGGCGCAACAGCCUGACCACACCCGUCACAUCACCGCAGCAAGCAUCAUUCAUGCCGACGUCGCCUCUUUUCAUCCGCACACCAGAAAGAGCAUACUUCCAAGCCUCAUCCACCACGGCGCUCAAGAGCCUGGAACAAGACGGCCGCCAAAGCCGCAUGGCCAUGCGCAGUCCGAACGUGGACCGAGUCCUCAACCUUCCCCUGCGCGUCAACACGAGUCUGUACAACGGCGACGCACUUAUCUCCGAGCCCAUGGCCUCGAUCAGCGAACACCAGGACCAGGACCAGGACCAGAACCACCAGCCGUCGACUCCUUCCUCCGACGCCACCACCUUGAUGGACUGGUCACCUACAUCUCCAUCCUCCUGCUCUCCCUCCUCGUCUUCCUCGUCUUCCCCGUCCGCUUACCCCAAGCGCAUUGCCAGGCCCCACGUGCCCACGCCGAUCCUGACACGCUCGCCCAUUCGCAAGCGACCGCGCGUGCGCAUUCACCUUCCGCCUCCACCGCGCUACCACGUGGUCGUAUCGGACAAGUCCCUCUCGCCCACCAGCCUGCGCACACGGGUCCAGUACAUGCACAGUGUAGAACACCUGCGGGCCCCUCUCGUGCCGUUGAUCUCGGUGACAAACGGCCUCCCUCACCCCUCGUUCCCCACGAGCCUGCUGCAAUACCACCUCCUGACGCACAACCAGCUCGACAGCAUGGCGCGAUGGUACCACCAGGUGGAGCCGCCCGUCGACGAGACCUUCAUGUACCCAGCCUGGAUCCCUGCGUGGACGUCCAUGCACCCGAGCGGAGCGCCCCGGAACGCCGUUCUCGACGAAGAAGCGCCGGGCCACCACAGUGCUCAUGACGGCGAUGUAGAUCUCGAAACGAAACGGCGGCGCUUUGGCCGGUUCAUCGGGUUGAGAGGGUGCGAGAGCCCCGCCUCGACAGGCCCAGAGGGCGAGAGUCCAGACGAGCUGGCGAGGAGGAUGGAAAGGGAGUGGAGGCGCGCGAUAGAAAGGGCAGACGAGGACGAGAGAGCUUGGGAGAAGAGUUGGAGGGGGAGAUGGUAA